GUUAGUACUGUACUAAGACCUAUGACCAUGGCGGAGGAAUCCGACCCAAACCAAUCGAAACCAAAAACGUAUGAGAAUGGAUGGAUUGUCUGUCGCUCUCAAAAGCGCCCGGGACUAUUGUAUAACUUUAACACCAUUACAGGUGAAGCGCAGUGGCGAGAUUCCGACAAAACUGGACAUUAUGCCGCCAUAAUGGAUAAAAAUACGGUUCCAUUUAACUGUCAUGAACCAACGGAGCCUCCAAUGGAGCCAAAACCUCGUAAACAGCCUACAGUCACACCGAGCAGCCCGGCCGCAAACAUUUACAACAAACAGAUUAUAAAUAAUCAGUUUCCAGCUAAAUCAUUUACAAUAGCUCCUUUUGGCAAUUCAGCUUGUGCCCCAUACGGCAUGUUAGACCCUGGCCAGAUGAAUACUAUGAAUACAACACCUGUCUGGGUAGCAACACCAACAACACCUCAAGUCUUACUUGGUCACUCAGUAACACCUUUGAACCAGUUACUUACUUAUGGUGGCUUAGAAAACAUACAGUUUCAAAACUCAUCAGUGACUUUGAGUAAUAGAUUUCAAGUUUUAAACCAGUUAAACACUGGAAGCCCUAUUGGGAUGAAUUUGCCAGCUGAAGGUACUAGUAAUCACGAAAGUUAUAGCCACCAACAGCCGCAUCAAAAUUAUAAACCCUGGCAUAAAAUGAACCAUAAAAGACCUUUAAAAAAUAAUUUAAAUAGACAUACUGAUCUAAGAAGUAAACUGGGUAGCAGAAAAAGGCAGGACCUUAAUGCUAAUGAUGCUGUCACAGUUGCAGAUAAACCUGAAAUGAAAAAGGAAGAUACAACAGCUAUUGUCACAGAAGAUGAACUAAAUCCAGAUGAUAAUGACGAAUGGUUGGAGGCACAUACAGAUGGUGAAGGAAGAGAGUUGAACACGGACAUUGAGAGCUUUUGGGAGUUGUCUGACAGUAGCACAAGUCGCGAAUGCUGUUAUGUUAUACCCACCACAAGAGUUCUGCUCAACAACAUGCGAUUCUUGACCAGUCUUGUGAUAUCAGAUGAUCGUAUCCGGCUGUUGACGCCGGGCGACGUGGUGCGUACGCUGCGUUGCGCUGCGUUCUCGAGCAACGAUCGCUUGGCCGACUACGCAAGUCGCGCGAGGACGUUCGCCAUUCGACAGAUGAAUCUUCGUCUCCGGCUGUUGACGCCGCGAGACGUGGUGCGCACGCUGCGUUGCGCUGCGUUCUCGAGCAACGAUCGCUUGGCCGACUACGCAAGUCGCGCGAGGACGUUCGCCAUUCGACAGAUGAAUCUUCGUCUCCGGCUGUUGACGCCGCGAGACGUGGUGCGCACGCUGCGUUGCGCUGCAUUCUCGAGCAACGAUCGCUUGGCCGACUACGCAAGUCGCGCGAGGACGUUCGCCAUUCGACAGAUGAGGAAAAUUCCUGACAAUUUAAAGCACCCAUCCGAUGUUAAAUCCUGUUUGGAAUUAAUUGCUCCGAAUAUACAGGUGGUUCGUCUUGUCGACGAAAAAGACAUGCUGAAUCAAGAAUCUAUCAAUGAUGGUACAUUUACAGUUACUGAACUUAAGCGGUAUUUAGCACGAACUUCAACCCCGAAAUCAACACCUGUCCCCAAAAUGCAUACUAUCUGCGAACAAAUUAAAAUAACAGUACCAAAUGCCGAGGUUCAAUCUGAGAGUUCACCACCUGUAGCGGAGCCCCAAAUCCAAAUACAAGAGAGCUUAGAGAACCCUAGUAUAUGUAAUGCAACUACAAACUUAACCACUCUAGAAUCCCAAAGACUUGUCACUGAAAAAACUGGACAGAAAGAGAUAGAAAUCCAAACUGAUCUGCCGCCAGAAAAACGAACUGCAAACGCGUGUGUACAGACAGAUUUUGAUCUUAUAACACCGUCACUUGACAUCAACCCAAAUAAAAAUAAAACCAGCGAAGCGGUGAAUGCCGUAAAUGAUAUGUGUGAUAAGCAAACAAAUUUAAAUUUCAAGGCAUCAGAAAUAGGGCACAAUGAAAUUAAAACCAACUCUAUAGAAGAUACAGCACAGGCUUCUAAUGAUAAUAAAGCAACAACAGCAGCGCCACGAAAAAUCAGACUAAAAAGGCUCCAACAUUCAAAUGCUAUCAGCAACACAGAGGCGAAAAAACCUUUCAAAUGGCGCAGAAGAAAGAACACCCAGCAAGCAACGGUGGUCGUGCACGAACAGGGUUGUCUAAAUAGUAACAUCAGUACAUCUUCUUCCACCAGCCACCUAACCCAACAAAAUGAUGAAUCUGUGGAUAACAGCAAGAUUAGCGACGCCGCAUCGCAUGCUGAGGCGAUGGUCGAUGAAUCGUCCACAUCGGGUGUAAUUUCUAAUUCCAUUGAUUCUGACAUGCAACCAAUCCAAAAUGAAUUGAACACGGACCUAAGCUUUGUAGUUUAUGAUGUUACAAGCGAUUCUAUGACAGAUCGUCUUGUCUUGAGGAGCGAUGAGUGGAUGUCACGGUUCGUGCAAAUAAUGGAAGAAGUUCUUUCUCAAGUGCUCCUAUCGGACCCGCCUUUUGUAGACCCGACUUUGCCUCCGCCGUGGACUUUCUACGAGGCUACGGUAUGCGUUAAACGGAAAUUUAUAAACGAAACAAAAAUCGUCUAUGCUUCCGAUAAAUUGGCUAUGUUCCUUUUGAAGAUAAACGAUGAUAGAGGGAACUUAGUGACAAACUUAAGCCCUACGGAUUUCAUGAAAAUGUACACCUUUGGCGUAAAUUUAGUCAACAAACUGCAGUCGGUGCUGAAAGAUUGUGAAGAUGUGAACAUAGCAUCUCAAAACUUAUCUCAAUUGCUAAGCGACAUUCGGGAGCCCGAUUUAGACGAGUCCUAUGACGUAGAAACAUUCAAUUACGACGAGCCAAACCACUCGCCCAAUUUCAGCGAAGCAGUGACAGAUAUGUCAACAGUAAUCUCAGGUUUCCCACCUAUGACAGUUAACAACCCAUCUCCGAAAAACAAAGAGAAAAGCCAGCCGUGCAACAACUCUCCAGCAAGAUAUAGUCUAAGGUCCAGUCACUCACACUCACAACAGAAGAAGCUAGAGGAGGAAGUACAGAUACAGACUAAUGCUGUGUGUAAUGAAAACAAAAAAUAUACUUUGUUUUCUAGUCUUGGAUUGCAAAAAAGGGAGAUCAAAGUUGAUAGUAACAUUACUAAGACUGUAUCUAAUUAUCCUAAAGACCAACAACCUAAACCAUCUUCACCUUUAACACUAACACCUGAAGCUUCCGAGAAUGCCGAAGGCGUAAUACCAAAGAUUGUUAGAAAUUUUAAUGUAUGUCCCGAAAUUGAGAAAAGAUUAAAUGGCAAAAUCGGUAGUAAUGCUACUGACAAGGAUGUUAAUAAUGAUUCCGUCGAAGUUGAUUAUGUAGCUGAGACUUAUAUGCCAGAAAAUAUGGAUUAUGAUUUAGCAGAGGAC